AUGUUUUUAAUUCAAAUAUUGCUUAUCAGCCUUGUCUUUUGUUUACCAGAUCAAUCACAAUCUUGUAUAACCAAUAACAACAUACCAUUCACGGGAUAUAAAGUUGAAUAUCAAUUGAAUGUACAGAAAUGGCACGGUUCAUAUCAUUUAUUAUAUUGUAAUGACAAUAAAUUAAUAUAUGACCUGAGUUUAAACGAUUCAAUACCAUGGACUAAACCAAUAGAUUAUUAUACUUCUAAACUGUUUAAUGAUUCACAAAUUGUAGUUAUGUCAAGAAGGAAAUCGUUUGCUUUAAGGAAAUUACCUAUUUAUUUACCUAAUUCAUUAAUUGGUUCAUUGUAUUACGGACCAGAAUUGAAACAAAUACAUUUAUUAAAUUCCACAAAUACGGUUAAGUCAAUUCCAUUAAUGGCUGCUAAUAUAUUUCGAAAUUGGAUGGAAGUGAAUUAUAAAUUUCAAUUUAUUUAUCAUGUUCCAAUUUUAACUACACCCGGAAUUGAUUCAAAACGAUUCAGUCAUGGGUUCUUUGAAAGUGGAAAGAAGGAAAAUGAUUGGGAUCAAUAUAUUAGUAUUAAGGAAGCAUACAGUUAUAACUAUGACAGUAGAAUAUUAUUUAGAAAAGCAUUGGAUAAUACUUUGUUAUACGUUGAUAAAUUAACUAAUAAUAACAAAAUAGUUAAAUUGAAAGUAAAGAAUAAGGUCGAAAAGGGAUCCAAAGCUUUGUUUUGGAGGUUGAUAAUGUUAUCGAAGAUAGUUAACCAAGAUACAUUUAAUAAAAUCUUAAUCAAAUUAGAUAGCUUUUCCAAAUAUAAAUAG